AGCUGGAUCGGGUUGCUGCCUUACCUCGUGGCCUGGCGGGGUAUACAAUGGGAAUGUGCUUGUACGUGUCAACGGGCUGACAAGUGUUUAUCGAUUUAACUCUCUUAACCCGUUAGACAAGGCUCAAUUCAACCAUCGUCGUAUCUGAAUUGCUCAGCCAAACCUUUUUCUGUUUCCCCUUUCAGACCCUUGUUUAAUCCCCAAAUCUUGCAAUCCUGUCGUGGUAGAUCGUCUUAUUUCCUCCCUUCUUCAAAUCCUUUGCUUUAGAUCUUUCCCUGUACUCGUCCAACAAGCUGAGGUUGAGGUUAGGGUUAGGGUUUGGUUUGGGCGAUUCUCCUGCUGGCCACAGAAUUUGUCCGUUCCGCCCCAAUUAUUCAAUGAAUCAAUCGUCUCCCAAGUUCCGAAGUUUGGCCUCUUUAUGUCUCGCCGUUGCCAUUUUUGGUCUCUGCUGGCCGGUCUCCCAAUCCAAGCCUGAAGAUGGAAUGGUGAUUCAGCAAAUCACCGAAAAAGAAGACAGCGUGUGUGCCGGAGUCACUGCUCCAGCCACGUGCCCGAUCAAUUGCUUCCGCGUAGACCCCGUCUGUGGUGUCGAUGGAGUGACAUACUGGUGUGGGUGUGCAGAUGCCAUGUGCGCCGGUACUCCGGUUACUAAAUUAGGGGCUUGUGAGCUGGAAAAUGGUGGCAGCGCUUCUCUUCCUCGCCAGGCGCUUCUUUUGGUCCAUCUGAUCUGGCUCAUCUUGCUCGGUUUUUCUUUGCUAUUUGGUCUUUUCUAAUUUGAAAGAAACAGAGUGUACAUUUGUUCUUACGCCGUUGUAUGUGGCCGGGAUUGUCACAGUUGUGCAUUGUCCGAGAGAGAUUCUUUUCCCCCCUUUUUUCAUGUGUUGAAUAAAUUCUUUAAUUAAACUGAAAUAUUGUUCUUUGUAUUC